AAAUAGCUUAUUAUCGUCUCCUCCUGGCUGCCUAUAAAGCAGAGAUGAUCGACCAGACGCCACUGUUCUUGUAGUGCAUGAUUCCCAGCAGGUCGCCACCUCUCAGAGGGGAACAAAUUAAACACAGAGAGAGAGAGGGGGGGAGGGACCAAGUAGGAAGGUGCUAGCUAAGCCAUGGCCAAGGCUCACGUCCUGGUGGUGCCGAUGCCGUGCCAGGGCCACGUCACGCCGCUCAUGGAGCUCUCCCACCGCCUGGUCGACCACGGCCUCGAGGUCACCUUCGUCAACACCGAGGUGGACCACGCGAUGGUGGUCGCCGCGCUGCGGGCGUCCGGCGGCGAGGCGACGCUGGGCGGCGGCAUCCGCCUGGCGUCCAUCCCGGACGGGCUGGCCGGCGACGAGGACCGCAAGGACAUCGUCAAGCUCGUCGACGCCUACACGCGCCACAUGCCGGGCCACCUGGAGCGCCUCAUCGCCGAGCUGGAGGCCGCCGGCCGGCCCAGGGUCAAGUGGCUCGUCGGCGACGUCAACAUGGGCUGGUCCUACGAGGUCGCCAGGAAUUUCGGCAUCCGGGUCGUCUCCUUCUGGCCGGCGGCCACGGCGUGCUUCGCCUUCAUGCUCAAGAUCCCCGAGCUGAUCGAGGACGGACUCAUCGACGACAAGGGCUUGCCACGGCGGCAGGAGACGUUCCAGCUCGCCCCGGGGAUGCCGCCGCUGCACACGUCGCAACUGUCGUGGAACAACGCCGGCGCGCCGGAGGGCCAGCACAUCAUCUUCGACCUGGUCACCCGGAACAACAAGCUCAACGACCUUGCCGAGAUGACGGUGGGGAACUCCUUCCACGAGGCCGAGCCCGGCGCGUGCAAGCUCUUCCCCGGCAUCCUGGCCAUCGGCCCGUUGUUCGCCGACGGGGAGUUCCGGAAGCCCGUCGGGAGCUUCCUGCCGGAGGACGAGCGGUGCGUCAAGUGGCUCGACGCGCAGCCGGACGGCUCCGUCGUGUACGUGGCCUUCGGCAGCAUGGCCAUCUUCGACCCGCGCCAGUUCGAGGAGCUCGCUGAGGGGCUGGAGCUCACCGGCCGCCCGUUCCUGUGGGUGGUCCGGCCGGACUUCACCCCCGGCCUCAGCAAGGCGUGGCUCGCCGAGUUCCACCAGCGCGUCGCCGGCAGAGGCAUGAUCGUCAGCUGGUGCUCCCAGCAGCAGGUCCUGGCGCACCGCGCGUUGGCGUGCUUCGUGUCGCACUGCGGGUGGAACUCGACGCUGGAGGGGGUGCGGAACGGCGUGCCGUUCCUGUGCUGGCCCUACUUCUGCGACCAGUACCUGAACCGGAGCUACAUCACCAGCGUGUGGAGGACCGGCCUGGCGGCGUCCCCCGACGCGGACGGGGUCGUGACCAAGGCGGAGGUGAGGAGCAAGGUGGAGCAGGUGGUCGGCGACGGCGAGAUCAGGGAGAGGGCGCGGCUGUUCAGGGACGCGGCUCGCCGGUGCGUCGGCGAAGGGGGAUCCUCGUACGAGAACUUCAAAAAGCUCGUGGACCUGCUAAGCAGCUCAUCCCCAAUUGGCAGUCGCAGCGCGGCUCUUGCCUCUUGUAGCCUUGUACAACCCAAGAUCGAAAGAGAGAGCGCAAUGGCCAAGGCUCACAUCCUCGUGCUGCCGCUGCCGGCCCAGGGCCACGUCACCCCGCUCAUGGAGCUCUCCCACCGCUUGGUCGACCACGGCUUCGAGGUCACGUUCGUCAACACCCAAGCGCAUCACGCGCGGGUCGUCGGCGCGCUGCAGGCGGCGGGCGGCACGGCGGCGCUGCCCGGCAUCCACCUGGCGUCCAUCUCGGACGGGGUGGAAGACGAUGCUGAGGACCGCAAGGACGUCGGCAAGAUCAUCGACUCCUACUCCCGGCACAUGCCGGGGCACCUGGAGCGGCUCAUUGCCGAAAUGGAGGCGGCCGGGAGGCCCAAGGUGAGGUGGCUCGUCUGCGACGUGUACACGUGGUGGUCCUUCGACGUCGCCAAGAAGUUCGGCAUCCGCGUGGCCGCAGUCUGGCCGGCGGCGGUGGCGUGCUUAGCCAUUAAUCUCAAGAUCCCCAAGUUGACGGAGGAUGGGCUCCUCAACAACAAGGGUUGGCCAGAGCGUGAUGAGACCUUCCAGCUUGCCCCCGGGAUUCCGCCGCUCCACACGUCGCAACUGCCGUGGGUCAACGCCCGCGCGCCAGAGGGGCAGGCGGUCAUCUUCGAGCUGUUCAGCCGGACGGACAGGCUCACCGCCCUCGCCGAGAUGGUGGUGUGCAACUCUUUCCGCGAGGUCGAGGCCGGCGCGUUCAAGCUCCUGCCGAACGUCCUGCCCAUCGGGCCCCUGACCUCCGACAGGGAGCUCCGGAAGCCCGUCGGGCAGUUCCUGCCGGAGGACACCCGGUGCCUCCGGUGGCUCGACGCCCAGCCCGACGGGUCCGUCGUGUACGUGGCGUUCGGCAGCUACACCGUCUUCGACCCGCGCCAGUUCCGGGAGCUCGCGCUGGGGCUGGAGCUCACCGGCCGGCCGUUCCUCUGGGUGGUGCGCCCGGACUUCACCACCGCCGCCGGCGACCUGAGCAAGGCUUGGUUCGACGAGUUCCAGGCCCGCGUCGCCGGCACGGGCAUGGUGGUCAGCUGGUGCCCCCAGCAGAAGGUCCUGGCGCACCGCGCCGUGGCGUGCUUCGUGUCGCACUGCGGGUGGAACUCGACGAUGGAGGGGGUGCGGAACGGCGUGCCGUUCCUGUGCUGGCCCUACUUCGCCGACCAGUUCCUGGACCGGAACUACAUCACCGACGUGUGGCGGACCGGCCUGGCGGUGUCGCCCGGCUCGGGCGGGGUCGUGACGAGGGAGGAGCUGAGGAGCAAGGUGGAGCGGGUCGCCGGCGACGGCGGGAUCAGGGAGCGGGCGCGGCUGUUCAGGGACGCGGCCCGCCGGGGCGUCGGCAAAGGGGGAGCCUCGUACGAGAACUUCCGAAAGUUCGUGGACCUGCUGCGUGGAUGAGAGUCGGCGCGCGACUCGCUCUGUGCGCUCAAAGGGAAUCCUUUGCAGAUGCGCUUGUGCCCGUGUGGUGUGCUGUUGUUCUCAUGGGGCAUGGACGCAUGGUCAAUCA